AUGAGGUUUACUGAUUUAUUACUUGUUGCUACGGUUGCUAAUUCAUUAGCAAUCAACAACCAUCAUAAUGAUGAUGAUAAAAAUUCAAAAUUAUUUCAUCAUAAGUCUUUUACUUUAAAAUUACCAUUUAUUAAAUCCAAAGCCAAUGGUGAACAAGAACAAUGGUCAGUUGAACAACAAAAUGCUGAAAUUUCAAUGAAUCAAAAGUUCAAUUCUAAAUUUGGUUUUGAAGAUAGUGAUGAUGAAGAUCCUUUGGAAACUGUUACUGUUGUUGCAACUCCAGUUGAAGAAGAUCCAACUUUUAAUGCUGAAUUUAAACCAAUGAAAGGUGGAUUUGGUGAAAUGUUUUGGCAAUUAUUGUCAAUUGGUAAAGAAUUAACUAUGGAAAAGAUUAAAAUUUUAAAGGAUAUUUUACUUAUGUUGGAUAAAAUUAAACAAAUAAAAGAAGGUGGAGCUGAAUCUGCUGUUGUUAAAAGUAAUGAACAUGGUCAAGUCGCAAUUGAUGCUAAAAAUCAAUUAAAAGAUAAUGCUGUCGUUCAAAACAUUCCAAGAUCACGUCAUCAAUUUAAAAGAGAAGAUAUUACUCCUGAAGAAUCUGCCCCAAAAGCUACUCCAGAAGAGCAAGAUUUGAAUAAUUUAAUUGGUUUAGAUAAAUUGAAAGGUAUGUUUAAAAAAGGUGAUAAGGAUAAAGGUAAGGGUAAAGGUAAAGAUAAGAGCACUAAAGAUGAUGAGGAUGAUGAUUGUGACGAUGAAGAAGAUUACAAGAAAGGUUCUAAAAAAACUUGGAAUAAAAAUUAUAACCCAAACUAUGAUCCAAAUUAUAAUCCAAACUAUAAUCCAAACUAUAAUCCAAACUAUAAUCCAAAUUAUAAUCCAAACUAUAACCCAAAUUAUGAUCCAAAUUAUAAUCCAAAUUAUAAUCCUAAUUAUAAGUAUGAUAAAAAUUAUAAACCUUAUCCGCCAAACUAUAAACCAAAUCCAAAUUGGAAUAAAGAAAAAAUUUAUUAUCCAGGUAAAGAAUAUUAUCCAGGUUAUGAUAAAAAUUAUUACCCAGGUAAAAACUAUGAUCCAAAAUUCAAUUAUGGUAAAGAUUAUGAUGGUAAAUAUGAUGGUAAAUAUGAUGACAAAUAUGAUUAUGAUGAUGAAGAUUGUUAUGAUGAACAAGAUGGGGACUUUAAAGAUGGAAAAAAUUCAAGUUAUGAUAAAAAAUAUCGUGAUUCCAAAAAUUUAACUAAAAGAGGUGAAUUAAAAUUUGAUCAAGAUAGAAGACCUUCAAGUCACGGUGGUUCAAAACAUGGUAAAGUUCAUCAUGAUUUCAAGGAUCAUCAUGGAAAACAUCAUCAUGAAGAUGGUAAAGAUUAUCAUAAAGACCACCAUGAACAUCACAAAAGUAAAGAAACAUCAAUUGAAGAAGAAACUUCAACUUCAUUAGAAACUCCAACCAAAACAAAAACUCCAAUUGAAUCAAAAACUUCAAGUAGUAAAGAAAUUCCAACUGAGACUGAGACUGAGACUGAGACUCCAAUUGAAUCAAAAACCUCAACUAAAAAGGAAAAGCCAAUAAAGACUGAAACUCCAGUUGAAUCAAAAACCUCAAGUAAAUCAAUAGCUCCAACUGAAACUGAAGAACCAGUUGAAGAAGAAACCACAAGUUCAAUUGAAAAAAAGACUUCAACUAAAAAACAAAUUCCAACUGAAACUGAAACUCCAAUCGAAUCAAAAACUUCAAGUAAAGAAGUAUCUUCAAUUGAAACAAAAGUUCCAGUUGAAACUGAACUUCCAAUUGAAGAUUGUGAUGAUGAAGAAUAUCAUAAAGGUCAUCACGAUGGUAAAGGUCAUCAUGAUGGUAAAGGUCAUCAUGAUGGUAAAGGUCAUCACGAUGGUAAAGGUCAUCACGAUGGUAAAGGUCAUCACGAUGGUAAAGGUCAUCACGAUGGUAAAGGUCAUCACGAUGGUAAAGGUCAUCACGAUGGUAAAGGUCAUCACGAUGGUAAAGGUCAUCAUGAUUUUAAAGAACGUCCACACCACGAUGGAGAAAAAUCUCAUGGUCAUCAUGAACAUCAUCAUGAUGAUGAAGAUUGUGAAGAAUGGGAACUUGACCUCAAACAUGAUCACAAAUUUGGUAAAGAUCAUCAUGGUAAACACCUUAAUGUUUCAAAACGUGAACAAGUGCAUUUAGUAAUGAGAGAUUUAACUAAAUUGAAAAACUUAAUGGGUGGUAAAAAAGGUGCUAAAGGUGGUGAAGUUGCAAAACCUGCAAACGGAGUUAAACCAACUGAAGAAGCUAAACCAACUGAAAAACCUAAACCAGCUCCUCAACCUACUGAAAAACCUAAAACAGCUCCAGCUCCUAAACCAACUGUAAAGCCUAAACCAGCUCCAAAACCACCAGUUGAAGAACCGGAAGAAGAUUGUCCAGAAGAGGAACCAGAAGUAGCUCCAGAACCAGAAGAAGACUGUCCAGAGGAAGAACCCGAACCAGCUCCAAAACCUGCUCCAAAACCUACUCAAAAACCUGCUCCAAAACCAACUCAAAAACCGGCACCAAAACCAACUGUUGCUCCAAAACCUGUACCAACAAAAGCUGCUCCAACUGAAGCCCCUGUUGAAACUGAAGCACCAAAAAAUGGUAAAACCUCAGGAAUGAAGGGUAAAUUAAAAGGAUUAUUCUCCAAAGGUAAAUUAGGUGGUGGUAAAAUGGGAAGCUUGAAAUCAAAAUUUUCCAAAAACAAAAAUACCGAAGCUCCUGCUAAAAAUGGUGCUGAAGCUACCGCUGAACCAACUGCUGAAGUCGCUCCAGUAGAAACUGCUACUACUGUCACUAAAAUUAUUGUUAAAAUCGAAGAUUGUGAAGAAACAGAAGCUCCUGUCGAAACAACUGAUUGUCCAGAAGAAACUCAACCUGCUGAACAAGGUAAAAAUGGUAAAAAAAAGGGCAAAAGAGAUUUAGAAACUGAUGUUGCUCUUGAUAGUCAAUAUUUUGGCAAAGGAGGCAAUGGCAAAGGUAAUGGAAAAGGUAAAGGUAAAGAUGAUGAAGAUGAAGAUGAUUGGGAUGAUGAAGACGAAGAAGAUACCGGCAAAGGUAAAGGUGGUGACAAAGGCGGUAAAAAAGAAAUGUUGAAAAAAAAAUUAGGUGGUGUUAAGAAACUUUUGGGUAAAUUCAAAAAAGGCAAAGGUGGUAACGGUGGUAAAGGUGGUAAAGGUGGUAAAGGAAAAUCCAUCAAAGAAGAAGAAUAUGAAGAAGAUGACGAAGAUGAUUGUGAAGAAGAAGAAGAAGAAUGGGAUGGUAAAUACUCGAAUGGAAAAGAGGCAAAACCAGAAAAGGAUUUGAAUAAUGGUAAAAAAUCAAAUGGUGCUAAAGAAAAAAAAACUACCACCACUUCAAAAGGUUUAACAUUUAGCAAAGAUAAAACAAGCAAGACUUAUAGUAAAGGGAAGAGAGAUGCCGUCGAAGCGAGGACUAGCAACGUAGACGGAUUUGUCAGCAAUGACAGAGAUGAUGGUUACUACGAUCAAAUUUUUUUUGCCCAAGCUUUACCCAAAAAUGAAUCUGCUGAAGAAUUAUUAUUAAGAGUAUUUUUGAAAUUGAAAAAAUCUGGUUCAAUUAAUGAUAUUAUUGAAUUAUCCUUGAAUGAUGAAGUUGUUAGAAAAACAUUUAUUAAUAAUGCUAUUGAUUUGUUGAAUUCGAAAACAAUUUCUUGGAAUGAUGUUUUUUUAGCUAUUGAUGAACAUGGUCUUAAUCUUGAUGUUGGUGAUUUAUCUUUGAAUGAUGCUUCAAUUAGUAACGGGGUAGCAACCUUUGUUUUAGAAGUUAUUCCAAGUUUACUUAGAAAUAAAGCAUUAACAUCUGAACAAGUUAUUGAUAAAUUGCAAUACGAUGGUAUAUAUUUCAUUCCUGAACCUCCAAUUCAUAAAGGCGGUAAACCACCAAAAAUACUUCCUGCUCCACAUCCUAAAAUUCAACCUUUGACUCCUACAAAUGCAUUGAAACAAGGUCUUCAUGAAACUAAUCGUUUUGAAAGUCAAAAAUCUCGUCACGAAGAACAUCAUUAUGUGAAAUAUCACAAUAGGACUUUAAAUCAUGAAAUUGAACAACAUGAAUCAGCUAAUAAAGAUAUCGAAAAGGAAAGUCACAAAGCUCAUCAUGAUGGUGAAUCUGAAGAUGAUAACCGUGAAAAUCAAUAUUAUGAUGCCGAAAGGGAUCGUCAUGAACAUUUGAAAACAAAUGAUGAAGUUCAUGAAAAAGAUAAACACGAGUUUAAAAAAGAACAUCAUCAAGAAGAUCAUCACCAAGAGGUUAAUGGCCAAGGUGAUACUCAAGAGGAACAUCAUGAAAGCAAUCAUAGAGAAUUGAAGAAAGAUAAAUAUGAUCAAGACUUUCAUUUGAAAAAUAAAUCCAAAAAACUUGAUAAAAGACAUGAAUUGAAUAAAUUUGAAAAAGAAACUCAUAGGAAUGAAAAAGAUACUCAUGAAAAAGAACAUCAUGAAUUAGCAGCUGAUAAUGAUGAACAUCAUGAAUUUGAUUUGGUUGAAAAAGAUCAUAAUAUCAAUGAAAAAGAUAGUUAUGAGAAGAAUGUUCUUGAAAAGGAUAAUGCUUAUAAGAAGGAACAUAAUCAACAAAAGAUUCAUGAAAAAAGUAAAGAUUUCCAUGAAAAAGAUUUACACCAAAAGGAUAAGACUCCAGAUAGUAAAGAUGAAAAAGAUUUUCAUGAAUUGGAUGAUGUUGAGAUUGAAAAGGAUUUGAAUUUGGAUUAUUUCCAUGAAAUUGAACAUAGAAGAAAAAGACAUGAAAUUAAACAUUAUGAAGAAGAUUUACAUAAAAAUAAUACUGAACAUCAUGAAAAAUAUGUUCAUGAAGAGUAUAAAGAUUCUGAAAAUCAUCAUGGGAAAGAUAUUUAUAAAGAAGAUGAUCAUCAAUUUGAUAAAGAAAAGCAUAUAAUUGAUCAUCAUGAAAAAGAAUUGAAUGAUAUUGAGUUUGAAAAAGAUUUUCAUGAAUUAGAUGAAAUAACUAAAGAAAAAGAACUUCAUAAAGAUUAUUUUUAUGAUUUUGAUCAUAAAAAUAAAAGACAUGAAACUGAAAGGUAUAGUGAAGAUUCACAUAAAAAGAAAAUUGAACAUUAUGAACAAGAUUUAAGUGAAGAAUAUAAGGAUGAAUCUAAUCAUCUUGAAAAUCAUCAAGGUAAUGAAAUUGAUUGUGAAUUAAUUGAUGAUGAACAUAAAUUAGAUCAUCAUGAAGAAAAUCAUAAAGAAAAUUUUGAUCAUGUUAAAGAUAAUCAUGAACAUGGUAAAAUUGAUAAAUCUCAAUCACUUGAAAGAAGUCAUAAACAUGAAAUUGAUCAUGGCAAGAAAUUUGAAUCGAAUAUUGCAGAAGAAGAUUCUCAUAAAGAUAUAAAUGAGAAAUAUAAAACUGAUAAUUAUGAAGAUAUAAAGGAUGAAUUUUCACAUGAUAGAAAAGCUCAUCAUAAAGCAGAUGAUCAAUCUUUAAGUCAUGAAAAGCAUAAAACUAAUCAACAUGAACAACUAAAUCAAGAUGAUGAAGGUUGGCAAAAAGGAUCUUAUGAAUAUAAUGUUAAGGAUAAAGUUAAAGAGCAUCAUAAAGAUUAUUAUGAAGAAUUUGAUCAUGAUUUACGUAAUGAUAAAAGAGAUGAAGCCAUUCAAAUUGAUAAAUCUGACAAGAGUAAAGAAUUACAUGAAACAGAUGCUCAUUUAAAAGAAAAAGAAAAAAGUUUUUAUGAAAAAGAUAAAUUAAUUGGUGGUGAACGUCAUUAUAAAGAACAUUAUGAAAAAAAUCAUCAUGAAAAAGAUCGUUAUGAAUCUUCACCAGGUAGAGAACAAUAUGAAAAAGAACAAUAUGAUAAAGAAGAACAUGCUAAAGAAAAUCAUGAAAAAGGACCUCAUGAACAUGAACAAUAUGUAAAAGAUCAAACAAAAGAGGUUGAUAAAAAAGUUUUGGAUGAAAAUUCAAAAGUUAGUCAAGAACAUUUAGCUGUUGGUGAUGCUGCUAAAGUUCCAGCUGAUGUUCAAGUUGGUGUUCCAGCACCAGUGGUUCCACCUGCUGGAGGUCCAUAG